AAAACGGCCCUGCGAGUGUGUGUGUGUGUGUGUCGAUGUUUGGAUUUUUCUUUGAAAAACGACACAAGCAAAAAGGAAAAAAGAUAAAAUUUUAUUCGUCUGCCCUGCUACUGUACCAACUCUUUGCCGUGUAGACAAAGUGGUAUCACUAGGAAAGGUCGUCGUUGUCGACGUCUCCGCGAAGUGACGAAACUAUUCAGGCGCUGCGCGUAUUGCUACUACGGAGCGGUGCAGUGAAGCGUAACAACAAGGAGAAAGGACUAGAUAAAUACACGGAAGCGAAGGAUACAGCAAAACUGACGGGAGAACGGAUAGUUUGAGCUGCUGUACACGCAAUCCACACCUCAUAAAAUGCCACCGACAAACAAUCGGCCGGAUGAACUGCCGCCACCGAAGGCAGACUUCAGUGCACCGCCACCGUACGAAGCAAACGAUCCGCAGCAGCACCAGCUGAACGAGUAUGGAUCGCAGCAGUCCGUACCGGUGCCGGAGCUCACCACCAAGCUGCCCACCUACGAGGAGGUGCAGAUGGAAAAGAUGAUCAAUCACGAGCUGCCAAUGCCACCGAUGGGCCCGCAGAUGCCACCACCGCCCCCGAGCAUCACUUCGAUGGGUGGCCGUGGAGUGGCGGGCGUACCCGGCGGGCCACAGGUGACGUUCAUAGCGAUCGAUGCCGACGGGGAAAACAUUACCGCGGACAAUGGGCUGCUCGGUACGGACAUAAUGUUUGUGACCGCGUUUUUGAUUGCGUUCCUGUUUAACUGGAUCGGAUUUUUGGUGCUGACGUGCUUCUGUCACACAAUCGCUGCCCGGUACGGUGCCCUGUCCGGGUUCGGGCUGUCGCUUGCCAAGUGGACCGUCAUCAUGAAGCACACGACCGACUUUGCGUCGCACGAAAACUCGUGGCUGUGGUGGUUGAUCAUGGCGUUCGGCUUUCUGAUCUGCGUGCGAGCCCUGGUGCAGUACAUUAGCAUCAAGCGAACCUGGCGCCUGCUGUCCACGUCCGCCCAGGAACGGCUACUGUUCUUCUACUAAUGCCCUCUGGUUUUCCGAUUGUGGUUGCUGUGUUUUGUAUUUGUUUUCAGUCGCUCCCCGUGGAUGGGUGUAUGGGGAGCGAUGCUUUUCCAUAAGUGUAGGUUUAAGAGUCUUUUUUUUUGUCGAGUGUUUUAUUCCUCCCCUUUCUGUAGUAGCGCGUCAGCAAACUUCUUAUUGAUGGGAAGUGAUUUUAAACCGUUUCCUAGCGAAACGCGCAACAUAUUUACACACAUAGUGAAACAGUAUGGUCCAAGUGAUCAUAGAUCGUUCGAGGGUAUAACGAUGGUAACCAACCAACCGAUGGAGCUAUCUCUACGCAUAACACAACACUUCAGGGAAUGAAACCAUGAUCAAAAAACACACGGUGAAAGUAGGCUUUGGAAUUGCAGCAGGCUCUGGCCGUGGUCGUGAAAGGGAAUCAUUAACAGUAGUAGUAAUUUUGUGAUAGCAAUCAGCGGAAAAAGGACCUCUAAAUGCUUGUUUGUUUCUAGUGGGGUGUCUCGAUAUGGGUAGUUUGCGUAUGUUUUGUGCUAUUUCAUUUCCUUCUCAUUGUUCCAACUUUGUCCUGCCAUUACUACCGGAAUGUAGUUGUAUUUUUUACUAGCUUUGUCAUAUGCAGAUGGCAUCACACCACCGUGUUUUAGUGUAGUGUUGGCAAACAUUUCACAAAAUAGUUUAUUUUAUUUGGCUUAAUAUUGUGUUUAUCCUUUUUGUUUCUUACAAACUGAUUGUAGAGAGGGAUAGGAAUUUAAUUUUAUACCUUUUUGUUUUUCUUUUGCAAAGUAAAAGUUACACAGCUGCGUGAGUGUAAGCAGUACGGUGCGCUAUUUUCUGAGUAAAAAACGAAGAAGAAAAAACACAAAUUCACGAAAAAUAUUAAUGUUUUUGAUCACCGCCGGUCUUGGCAAACAACCACACAAUAACCAGAUAAGAAAACCAAACCAAGUUGAGUUUUUGAUGUACAAAUCGCACACACACACACAAAAAAACUAAAUCAAACGCUUUGAUGAUGGUGUUUGUAACAAGAAGGACAAAACAUAGAACAAAAUCAUAUUUUUGUACACUGUAAAUAGGUUUGUGGAUUGGUGUUGUGAUUGUAAUAGCCAGCAAGAGAUAUGAAUCAAAACAGACAAACUGAAGGGAGGGUAGGGUACAAGGAAACACAGUAAAAAUACAAUAAACAUUUACUAUUGCAACUAAACUUCUCUCAUUACCACCAACUACUACUCUUCUACAACUAUUUGAACUGUCUGCUGCAAGCUAAGCUGCGCGCUAUAGCUCUGGUGGAAAUUGGGAAUGAGAAGGAAAUGGAAAAUUGGAACUAUGUGGAACCAAGCAGGAUGUGCUUUACUGCAUUAAAGGAAAGGGGAAGGAAAGGCAAAAGUGUUAGAGCAGAAGUAGCAAAAGAGAAAGGGAAAUACGUCUAUUGUACUGUAUAAAACACAUGCUAAAAAAAAGGAGAAUCGAAACAAAAGCUAUGUCUCAAAUAUUGUAAAAGUAAACAACAAAAAAACAACAAAAGUGAAUAAACACAUAUUGUAACUUAAUGUA